CCAGUGGCGGAUUUCACUAUAAAAUAGAGAAGGUAUUUGUGGUACCCUUAAACCCCACUGCCCCUAGCCGUUUCCUUCUACAUUUCCUCUCCCUAUAAACCCUAACUCUCUCUCUCUCUCUCUCCCUCUCUCUCCAUUGGCUGCCCGCAGAAUCAAAAUGGCAUUCUGCAAUAGAUUUGGAAGCCUCCUCAGACAAACUAUCUCACAGAAUGGUGCAGCAAAUGGGCAAGUUCCAGUGGCAUCUAUGCUUAACGCUAUUCGUUGCAUGUCGUCUUCAAAGCUUUUUAUUGGAGGUCUUUCAUAUGGAACUGAUGAGGAGUCUCUUAGAACGGCAUUUUCUGGCUUUGGUGAUGUAACUGAGGCUAGGGUUAUUACUGACAGAGAUACUGGAAAGUCUAGGGGAUUUGGGUUUGUGAGCUUCUCCAGUGAGGAAGAAGCAAGCUCGGCUAUGACAGCCAUGGAUGGACAGCCUUUAGAUGGGCGGAACGUUCGUGUGAGUUAUGCCACCGACAGAGCACCAUCCCCUCGAGGCAGCUAUGGCGGUGGCGGUUAUGGCGGUGGCGGUGGCGGUGGCGGUUAUCGUGGCGGUGGAGGAAAUGGUGGAUACUAAGCUGCUGCCGUUGUCAACAAGUUAUGCUGUCCAUAGGCAUAUGGACUAUUCUAAUUUAUUUAGUGGUGUAGUCUCAGAAACGAUAUGGUAUGUUGCUAGUCUUGUUUCCUUAGUAUGCAUUACUUUGCAUGAAUUGUUUCAUUUUUCGACACACAAAUUUUCCCAGAAAACUGGUCUUGCACAUUCUGUAAGAGAUUCUGUUUCUUUUGUGUUGUUAUUUCAGAAGAAAAGAAUCGUUAUCUUAGUUUUA